AUGGCACCUGUGACUCGGUCAUCUCUUCAAGGACGCUCGAUUUUGAGAGAAGGCAGCUGGCAAAUCCCGACUGAAGAUGAUCUGCCAUCAGACCACGCCGCUGACGGCGAUGAAGAAGGGGUAGAGGAUGAUACCACAGCGAGAGAUCACCCUGAUGAGGGCUUGGAUGAUGACCUAUUUCAAGAGCACCGAGGGCUAGGUUCACCAAUCGAUUUCCCUUCCAGCAAUACGCAGCAAAUCUUGCAACCCCUCCAACAGACUGCUGACCGGGUUAGCCGGCAAGUGGAGGACUUCGCGAGACGACUUGACCGCUUCCAUUCAUCGAGGAACACCAAUCGUGCUACACUCUGGAAAGAUGCCCUUGAUUUGGCUGGAGCGUUUGGAAGCAUCGCGAAGUCGAGAAGAUCGCAGACUUCCUCCGACCUUCUGCAAGCACGCCAUUCAUCGCGCACAGGAGGAAGUCGCCUCGCGCUGGCCCAGGAAGGCCAGCACGAGGUGCAGAGAGCUCAACAUGAAGCAGAUUUGUGGGACCUUUUUACUUUAUUGACCGGCUUUCAAGACCCAAAGCUCCAGACCAACUACGCAAAAUCUCAGAAGUUGUGUCUCCGAGGUCUCCAUCGCUACUCAGACGACUCCGAGAUCUGGGAGGCCUUUUUAAGUGCAGAUAAAUCUGCCGAGGAAUAUAUGGAAAUUCUUAAUUGGCUCCACAGAACUGCGAGUGCAUCUCGACCAAGCAUCGAGGACGUCACGGAAUCGCUGCGACACAAAGCAGAUCGAGGGGAUGGUAUUUGGAGCGCUGGUUGGCUUUUUACAAAGGAAAGCGUCAAGAGUCAGAAACGAAAUCGAUCGUGGCCAAAACCGCUCGAUCGCUCGAAUCCCGGCUUGCAAAGUUCGCACAUACGGAAGUCAGACUCUCGGCCACUUGUUGCACAGCUUGACCCUGAUGCCAAAUGUCGAGAGGCGGCUGCCCUAGAGGAAGCAGAUGAAUAUCAUGAACAAGCUGCAUGGAUAGCCUGCUGGGAGAUGCUGCGGCGUGGUGCAAGUGCAGAAUUGGUGCGAGAUUGGUGGUCAGAGCGUAAAGAAAGCUGGAGAGCGAUAAGCCUCGGAGGAGCAAUGCACUCGUCGUUGAGCGACCAAGAUCGUCAGUGGACGAGAUUCAUUGGCUUAUGGAGGAUGAACGACUGGACCGCAUCCUGCUACAAAAUCUGCCGUUCAGAUAAGGUUGGAAGUAAGCACGAAGCAGCAGUUUAUGGUCUGCUGUGCGGAGAUGUGCAAGCACCUCUGCAGGUGUGUGCAGCCACGGAUGACUAUUUAUUUGUGCAUCUAAACGCCUUCCUGAUUGAACGGUACAGAGACUUUGGGACUGCAUUCUCUCAAAAAGAAUCGCGGCAGUCAUAUACGCCGGGACCAUCAAGAUACAACGAAAUCAGGAGGCUUGUGCAAUACUGCCAGCAUAACGAGAAGACCUCAGAGGAGUUCCGGGAUCCGUUAAACACCAUACAGAGCACCAUCAUUUCCAAAGACUUUGGAUCUUUCUUCCUUCGGCAGGGCAGAGCGUUAGCACAGAUCGCUACGAAGAAUGGACAGACCUCUAAUCUCAUCGUUAGUGACGGGGUUCGCGAAGAGAACCAGGCCGUUUACACCACAGCAUCAAAUCCAGACGGUCUGAGGAUUAUUGCCCAUCAGCAGCUGAUUCUUAAGUCUCUGGGAUUUCUACAGGAACUGUACACCAAGCAUGAAGCGGUUGUGGAGAACAAUCUAACCGCCUACAUCGAGUGGUUACAGCAAGAAGGGAAGAUGGCUCUGAUUCCUCUCUACGCCUCAAUGCUCUCAGCAGAAAGAAGUGCGCAAGUGCUUGGAGCUGUAAUCAUGGACGUCACGGACAUGAAGGAGAGGGAUAUGAUGGUGAGCUUGAUGAAGAGAUAUGACCUGGAUAUUUCCCGUGUGCUGCUCAUGCAAUAUCAAUUAAAUGCUGCCCCUUUGGGAUCGAUUGACUUCGACAACCCCAAAACUCUCAAACCGGUCAGCAUCACUGAAUAUGUUGGGGCAGGUAAGACGAAGAAGCUCAAAGUGAAAUCAGGCUUCAUGGGCGAGGAGAUCGAUGAAUCAGAGGAGUUACUGAUUCGAUGUUUGGAGUGGUACGUGUACGGAGAUAAGCAGUCUUGGGCCCAGGCUUGUCGAAUAGGAUCGACACUACACAAGUACUUCAUUAGUAAAGGCAGGCUUGCCGCAGCACACGCCUUGUGCAUGCGAGCUCCGCUUUCCACGAUUUCCAAAGCUGCUCUGAAGGUUGAUCUGAAGCACACAAGCUCAUCAGGAGAUGCCUCCGAGGACGAGGACGCCGAGAUGGAUGGUUUCACCGACGAAGAUCGAGCUCGGCCGAUCAGUCCUUCGAAACGGCGAAACGGUGCGAGAAGACAUAGUGCUUUGGCUAAUAACGAGGAGUCAGCAGCAGACUCCGCCGAGCUAGCGGACCAGGCCCGCACCUGGCGUCAGCUGGAGGAGCUAGUUGAGGCAUUGGACGCCCUUGAAAAAUGGAAUGAGGUUGCAGAGGAAGUUGAGAAGACCAAGGGUGACAUUGUGCAUAUGCGAACGAUGAAGAAGGUCAUGCAAGCUGCGCUGAAUGACGUGCUAGUUUCUAUGUAUCCGCUCUUGAGGCCGGAUUUCCUAUCCAGACCAUCUGAUGAAGCCGAAGCUAUUCCACUCGCCAAGAUCCGCAAUCACUACUUGCCUGAAUGUGUUCUCGCCUACAACAGUGUCCUCUACUUUGCUGGCCACGUCAUUACGCGCUCCUGGUUGGUUCAAUGCAUGAACCUGGCUCAAGAGGUAGCGACCAAUGAUACCCUGACAGAAGCAUUUGUAGCGAGCUCACGCAUGAAAGAGCUAGUCUCGGCGUUCGCACUGAGCAGUCAGGCAUUGCUUCAUGCCAAUGAGCAGGGGAUUAAGAAAGGGAAGAAGGAUGAGGGCAUCGAGAUUUGGCAGGUGAAGCCGCAAGAUGUGGGUCUGAUAAAGGAUUCAUAG